AUGUCGUUGCCACCUCAAAGACCAUCGUUGGUACCACGAGAGAAUCGCAAACAAUUGUUUGAUGCAAACUAUAUCGCCGAUUGGUUGAACACGUCGUUUCCAGUUUUGAGUGUAACACCAGAACACAUCACUAAGCCGACG